CUAGUGACUUCAUAUUUGGCAUGUAGGUGUACCUGAUGGAGCCACCAAUUUUCAGUGGUAACAUUUGAAGGUCAAGGUCAUCCUUCAAUGUCAAAGGUCAACUUUUGAAUUAUUGCAGAUACAGAAUUGAUACUUGACAUGCAUGUGUAUCUCAUUAAGUUGCAAAUAUUCAUUUGUAACAUAACACAGUCAAGGUCAUCCUUCAAGGUCAGAUGUCAAAUUUAUUUGUGACAAGACCCUUUGGGCGCAUUGGUGUUUCAACUACACACUUUUAUUUACCAUCGCAAGGGUUACAAUUUGACAGGGUAAUAACUAACGUUUUUUUUUGUGUGCAAAUUUAAUGCCCCUUUACAGGCAGACAAAUGUUGGCAUACAUAAAAGAUGAUGAUUGAAAAUAAGCAAUCAAAAACUUCUUUAUGCCACAUCAAAGAUGUCGAUGUUAUUUCUCCUUGCAGGACAGCGUUGCCACUACAGUAAUGGUGAAUGACAAAGAGGUGAAUGUGCGGACCAUUACGGUGGAGGACCGUACUGGGAAGGUGAAAGUCAGCCUGUGGCGCAACAUUGCAGCAGAGCCUGUGGUGUUGGGGGAUGUUGUUGCCAUCACCAAUAUUGUUGUCAACAGCAAGAGAUAUAACAAUGAGGAAUCCCUGUCGUCAACACAAUUUACAAAGAUAGAGGUUACUGACAUGCCAAACACCGAGAUGACGGCCACCAUUCUAGGACUUGACCUGGGUGAUGUGGAAUCCCAGUUACUCACAGAACAGGAUGGAAUCUUCAAUGUAUCAAACGAAGUGCUAGUUGCAGCCUUUCAGUGUCAGUUGGAAGACAUUACAGCCAAACUACCAAAAACACUGAAUUUCAUAGCCAAAGGACAGUCUGUGGUCACCUUUAAUGAGUGAAAAAUCAUGUUCAAAGUUUAUAGUUUAGAGAUGUUUACUUUUCAUACACUGGAGCAUGACAGUCUGUGGUCACCUUUAAUGAGUGAAAAAUCAUGUUCAUAGUUUAUAGUUUAGAGAUGUUUACUUUUCAUACACUGGAGCAUUCAUAGUGUUGCCUGUUAUAUCAUUCCAUCACCAAGAAUUACCAAACUUGCUAGCUCUUGACCUGGGUGGUGUGGAAUCAAGCUUAGUCACAGAACAGGAUGGAAUCUUCACUAAAUCGAACGAGGAUCUAGUUAUCACCUAGG